AUGAGCACCAACGUACUUAGAAAUUGUAAACACAAUAAUUAUAAUAGCUCUUGCGAAAAUUGAUAUUUUUGGACAAAAUAUUACAUUAAAUAUGAAUAAGAAUUCUAGUUAUACAACAGCUUUUGGUGGAAUUUCAUCCAUUUUGAUUAUUUUAUUGCUUAGUCUAAUAUUCUUCUCAAACAUUGUAUAAUUUUUUGGAAAAGACAAUGUUUUCUAUGAUAGUGAAAUAUCCUUUUCAAAUGAUCCAGAAUUGAUGGAUAUGAAUGAUAAUAAUUCUAUGUUUGCUCUGGCUAUUGAUUAAGCUAAUUUCACUACAAAUCCAUUUUUUAAUAUUACUGUAGAGUAAAAGUAUGUAAUUAAAUAAUAAUUAAGGAUUUAUUUUAGAAAUAAAAAUGGAUCUCUAACAAAAGAAACCAUAGAAGUUCCUAUGUAGCCAUGUACAUUAGAGAGAUUUAAUAAUAUAUUUCAAUAGCAAGGAAUAAAUUUUACUGAUUAGUUUAAUUUUUUAGGAAUGAGCAAAAUGUUAUGUCCAAAGUAUUUAAUAACCUUAGUUAAAUUUAAGAUCUAACUUUACUUUUUAAAUGGAAGGAACUUAUUCAAGUGAAACUUUUAAAUUUCUAAAAAUUACAGUUAAAAAUUGUAAGACAUCAGAUGCAACAAGUGAUAGUUUAUGGAAUCCAACUUGUAGUUCUUAAGAAGAUAAAGCAAAAUAUCUUACUUCAAAUGCUUAGUUUAAAUUAUAAAUCUUCUAAAUUAAUACUGUAGUUAAUCCAUUAAAGCCAAGAAAUUACAAAAGUGUGUUUAUUGAUGGUGAUAUGUAUUUUUCAUUUGUUCCUUAUAAACUGGCUAGAUUAGCAAAUGUUUUUUAUAGAUAAUUUAUUGUUAAUAAUGAUUAAAGCAUAAUGCCAUAUUAGUAUUAUAAUAUAUGAAUUAAUUUUUAGAGAUGUUGAACAAGAGAAAGUUAUUGUUAGAAAAGCUGAAGAUUUUAGAGAUCUUACUGAACUUGGUAGAGAUAAAGAUGAUAGUUUUGCAGUGGUUUAUUUAAGAAGAAGUCCUUUUACAGAAACAAUAAAUAGAAAAUUCUAAAAAUUAGGUGAGUUGCUUUCUUAUCUAGGAGGAUUUAUGUAGAUAAUGAAAUUAAUAUUCGGAUUUGCUAUUGCAUUUUAUAAUCGAACAUCUAUGUUAAUUGAAUUAGCAAAUAAACUCUAUGAUUUUGAAGAUACUUAACAUUUAAAAAAGUUUAACACAUUAAAAACAUUAAAGUACACUGAAUAAAUUGGAUCACCUAUAGGUAAAUAAGAAUCUAAUUCAGUUAAUCCUUUUAUUAUCUCUCAAGAGUUUUAGAAAGUUUAAUGGAAAUAGUAUAUAAAAGAAUUAGUUAAAAAAUCAAAACCAAUUACCUUCAAUUUUAGAAUAUUUAUAAAUUAAUUAACUUUUGGUUAUUUGUUAAAAAAUAAAAAUUCAGAAUUUUUAGAAAAAGCUAUGUAAGUUUCUUUUAUUAUUUUAGAAAUAAAAUCAAUAAUGAAUUAGACUUGCAUAGCAUUUUAUAUUAAUUACAGGAAAUUAAUAAACUUAAAUCAGUUUUAUUAAGAAAAUCUUAGAUUAUUUUAUUUAAUUUCUCUCCUAAACCUGUUGUUACAUUAGGUUAAGAUUAGGUAGUUCCAUCUCGUUAUGCAGUUGAAGAUUUGGAGACUGGCAAAUCAUAUAUUAAGAGCAAAGAUGUUAUUUAUAAUGAAGAACUAUUUCUUAAACUAGAAGAAGUAAAUCUUUUUUGAUAUAUAUAAAGGCUUAUAAAGAAAUAGCAGAGGAAGUAGAAAAAACACACUAAAAUAUUUGUUAAAUGAAUAUUAAUUUAAAACUUACUUAACUUAUAGGAUCUGAUGUAAGAAGUAUUCUAAGACCUAUUUAAUAAUAACUUUUAAAUGGAGUUAAAUCUACUGAAAUCCAAAACAUUAAUAAUAACUAGGAUGAUUACAACUAAAGUGAUUGA